CGUGAAAGAGCAGCAGUAACAGAGAACGAACAGGUGCCAGCUUCAGUCCCUCCUGUGGAAUUUCCCUGAGCAAAACAUGGCAUCAUCAGCAUCAGCCUCUGAAAUCCGGAUCCUGGUGUUCGGGAAGAAACAGAGCGAACAGACGACGAUCAUCAACCUCAUCGCAGGACAUAAAGAGGCUUCUCAUCCAAAAGUGUCCAAGCCACUCCAACAGAUCCAUGGAAAGUGGGGGAUGAAACCAUUCACUGUGGUGACCACAGGAGACCUCUUCAGUUCUUCUGAAGACAAAGUCAAAUUCCAGCUGAAGAGGUGCGUGGCUCAGUGCUCUCCUGGACCCAACGUCCUGCUGUUGUUAGUGAACCCUUCAGACUUCACCGAGCAGAGCCGACAGAAACUACACUUCAUCCUGAGCUUCUUUGGAGAACACGCUUUAAAACACUCACUGAUCGUCACCACACAGAGUGAUCCAGGAGAGAACUCUGCGGUCGAACGGCUGCUUCAAGACUGCAGACAACAGCAAACCAUCAACUUGGAUGAGCACAACUUUAGAGACGGUGAUCGUCAGCAGCUGAGGGAUCAAAUCGAGGACAUCGCAAACGAAAACAGGGGACAGUUUUUAACGUUUACCGAAGAGAGUGAUCUCGAGGUGGCUCCACAACGAACACAACCUCCUCUGAACCUGGUGAUGUGUGGGAGGCAUGAAGCCCUGAAGAUCGCAGCAGCUACUGCGAUUCUUGGAGAGAGAAGGUUUGGUCCUACCUCUGACUCAGAGUGCGUGAAAAACCAGGCGGAGGUGCUGGGGCGUUUGGUUACUCUGGUUGAACUGCCGGCCUUGUAUGGAAAACCUCCGGCAGCAGCAAAGAAGGAGUCACUGAGAGGCGUCACUCUCUGUGAUCCGGACGGUAUCCACGCCUUUGUUUUGGUGCUACCUUUAGACCCCCCGAAGGAGGAAGACAGGAAAGAGUUGGACACCAUCCACAGCACCUUCAGGUCCAGAGUGAAAGACUUCAGCAUGGUCCUUUUCGCCGUGAAGGGGAAUCCUAACUACCCAGCAGUGAAGCGGUUCCUAGAUGAAAACCAGGACGUCCAGCAGAUACUUCAGAGGUGUGGUGACAGAUACGUCGUUUUCAACGUCCACGACGAGCAGCAAGUCGCUGAGGUGCUCCACGCCGUGGAGAAGAUGGGGGACGUAGGAUGCAGAGGCUUCACAAAAGACAUGUUUCCAAAGCCUGUGGCCAACCGUCCUGCAAGCUGGUCAUCUUUCAGUGCCAAAGGUUCUAAAAACAAGAACACAGAAAGUGAGUGUCUCAGGAUUGCGAUGAUCGGGAAGACAGGGUGUGGAAAGAGCGCCACUGGAAACACCAUCUUGGGCAGGCGCAGCUUCAAAUCUAAAGCCUGCUCGGUGUCCGUGACGGAGCACUGCAAGAAAGCAACAGGAGAGAUCGAUGGGCAGCCUGUCGCUGUGGUCGACACCCCGGGCCUGUUCGACACGUCUCUGUCCGACAUCGGAGUUCAACAGGAGCUGGUAAAGUGCAUCAGCUUGCUGUCUCCUGGACCUCACGUGUUCCUGUUGGUGCUUCAAAUCGGACGCUUCACAAAGGAGGAAAGAGACGCCGUGGAGCUGAUCAAGACGUUCUUUGGGAAGAAGUCAGAGGACUUCAUCAUCAUCACAUUCACUAAAGGAGACGCUCUUGGAGAUCAAACAAUCGAGAGUUUCAUCAAGGAAGACAAGGAAGGCUACGUUAAAAAACUGGUCCAGGACUGCAAAGGAAGGUUUCACGUCUUCAAUAACAAAGAUUGGAAGAACGACGGUCAAGUCAAAGAGCUGCUGAGGAAGAUCGAGUCAAUGAUCAGAGACAACAGUGGAGGCCACUACACCUCAGAGAUGUUCAUCGAGGCAGAGGCAGCCAUCGAAAAACAAAAGCAGAGGAUCAUAAAAGAGAAGGAACCAGAGAUACAGGAGGAGCAGAGGAGCCUGGAGAGGGAGUGUCAAGAAGAACUGCAGGAGAGUAAAAAUAAAAUGUCAGUUCGGAUAGCCAAGUUCGAUCAGGGAAGAGAGGAGAGAGAGAGACGCGUCAAAGAAAGAGAGGAGCAGAUAAAAAGGGAACAGGAGAAGAGGAAGAGAGAGAGAGAAGAAGAGGUCAGGAAGAAGAAAAGGCAGGAGGAACUGGAGCAGAAUGAGAUGGAACGAAAGAUCAACAGUCUGGAGAAAAAAAUAAACGAGGGAUUAGAGAAGAAGAAACCUGUUGAGAAGAUGUUAAUGAUGCAAACCAGAGAGGAAAUGAGAAAAGAACAAGAGGCCUGGGAGCAGAGGAGGAAGGAGUGGUGGGAGGAACGACAGCAAGAAGAACAGAAGAAACAAGAGGAGGAGCUAACACGUCUUAAAAAGCUCAGAGAGGAGCGCGAGCAGGACAUUCAAAGAUAUGAAAUCCAAAGAAAAGAAGAGGACCGACUCAGACGAGAACAAGAGGAACGAGAAAUGAGAGACAUCCAAGAAAACUACAAGAAGAAACUGAGGGAGCUGAGGAGGAAGAACGAAGACGAGGCCAGGAGGCUCGCCGAGGAAUACAACGAAUUCAGACACGUGUACGACAACGACUUCACCACCGACCUGCUGCAGUGUGGGAAGGAAAUUCAGGAUCUGAAGCAGAAGGGUAAAGAGGAGAGCGAGCUCAUCCUUGAGCAGCUUUGCAAGCACAAACAGUUCGCUAAAGACUACGACACGAUGAAGAAGAGGCAGGAAAUGGAAAUGGUCAAGCUGCAGACGAUGGUUCACACGGAAGAGCUCUGCGUAGAAAUCAACGAGAUGAGGAAACGACACGAGGAGGAAGAGAAUAAAUGGAUACAGGAACACGUGGCGAAAGCAACACAGAUGAAAUCUUCUUGUACUAUUCUUUGAGCGAGGGUCAAAGCUUUAGACGUUGAAUCAGCAUGACGAGGAGGACUGAGAUUGUGAGCUUUUGCUUUAAGAGUCCUGAAGAAUCUCUGA